AUGGCCGUGGAUCUCUGGAAUGAACUCAUAGUUGAGGCUGCUGAGGAGUUCAGCAUGGACAUCAAAGGCGAGGGUGCGGAAGAGUUGCCUCGGGAUUCCACCAAUCUAGUGGUGACCGGUGUGGAGAAGGCGUUUGAAUUGAGCGGUAGUGGAACCCCACCUCCCUUCAAAUACACACUUAUCAACAAAAUCCCCUUCGCCCGCGGGUUGGGAUCAAGUAGUGCCGCCAUCGUAGCCGGUCUGAUCGCCGGGCUGGUGCUGGCUGGGCACGAGCUCGAAGUCGAAGGCCACGAGAAGCUGCUGAAUAUCGCUGCAGAUAUCGAGGGACAUCCGGAUAACAGUGCACCUUGCGUUUACGGUGGAUUCCAGCUCGGUAUAUUCGACAACGUGGAGGCGAGAUGGAGCACAUUCCGCAUCAACAUUCCAUCUGGAUUGCAAUGCGUCAUGUUUGUGCCCGACCUCAAGAUCGAGACAAAAACCGCGCGAGGGCUUGUUAAAGACACGAUUUCGCGGUCAGACGCGGUGUACAACAUGGCUCGCACAGCACUGUUGGUGCGGAGCUUCUGCAUGAACGAUAUGGGUGCGCUACGCCUGGCUACGGAAGAUGCCAUGCACCAAAUCCCCAGAUCUACAGCGUAUCCUGCUCUGUACCCAGUAAUCAAUGCUGCACUGGCAGCGGGAGCGCACGGAGCUUUCCUGAGUGGCUCUGGAUCGACUAUCAUGGCUAUCACAAGCGGACUUAAGGGUGAUGCAUUCCAUCAGAUAAAGGAAGAGCGCUUGGAUGUCAAGGUUGGAGAGGCUAUGCUACAGGCUGCGGCAGAUUGUGGCCUAAAGGGGCGUAUCUACGCAUCAAGUCCGAGCGACAAGGGAGCAUACGUCGUGAGGAAAAAUGCCGUUCUGAUGGAUAACAUCUAA